GCUCCCAUUGUCAAAUCUUAUUUAUCAUACUGUAUGUUUUGUUUGCCAACCAUCACUGCGUUUGGCUGCUGCUGUUGCUGCUGCCAAGUUAUCAUACUAAUUAGGAAUUGAAGUAAUUUCAUUGGCUUGAUGAAUAUUCAGAGACAUGUCUACAUGAGGUGAGAGUGCAGACCAGUUUGUCGCAGAGGUCUGCCAGUGUAGCAAGUCGGGUUGAAUGAGUGACAGACAACAUACGCCUGACAAUGUGACACAACCGUUACUAAGUCAUGGAGAGCCAAUCGGGAAAUUCUUGGAGCUAUGAGGGAUAUGGUUGUACAUUCUUAUGGCUGCUUCCACCUUGGGCAUGGCACGAAGACAAGGACCUUUAAAUUACCCCUUUGCAACUGACUUAAAUACAUCCAAACCUGCAUGGUCUCAAGAACCGUCAACCCAAUUUCCUGCAAAGUAUAGUCAGUUGCCUUCAAUUCCGUCCCCCACUCCCGCUGCGGACAACCAAGUAGUACCAUUUCAUGGUACCGGGGGACGGAAUGGGAUGAGGUCGAGCGCCGACCUCAUCGAGGCACAGGAGAAAGUCAAUUUCCUGGAGUCUCGACUAGGUGUCACAGAGAAGUCAAACCGUGCUCUUCUAGAGGAGGUGUUACGGCUACAGAAUGAACUCCGGACUUCUGUCAAUAAGAAUGAGAACACGUUACGAGAAGAGCGCAAUGCUCGCCAGCAGGUGGAGUCAUCGCUCAAGAUGUGCAAUGACCUCAUCAUGCAGCUGUCCACUCGAAUCAAGGUCACGGAAGAGAAGCUACUGGAGGAGAGGUCAGCUCUGUCAACGCUGGUCACUCACACCAAGGGCGUGGAGCAAGCUGUUCUCUCCAGUCAGCAUGAACUACGUGCAAAGAAGGACUCCCAGAUGACAAGAAUAUCUGAACUGCAGGGCACUCUCCAAGAGACUCAGCGAGCCAAGGAUCAGGUUGAGAAGCAGGUGUUUUCUCUGAUGGACGAACUGAGAGGAUUGCGUAGCAAGGUUGACACACAGAACCAGGAGUUCCAGUCCAUAGCCAGUGACCUCAGGAUGAGGUCCAAGAGGCUGGAGGAGGAGAACAGGGUCCAGAGGUUAGAGUCUAUGAGGAAGCAGGGUGACAUCCAGACCCAGACCAACAGCAGCACCACCCACCUCCGUGGACAAGUUGAGACCAGAAUGGGAGAGAUUCGCGAUGUUAUCCUGGAUCUGCGGACACGGCAAGAUCAGGAGUCGACAGAUCGAAGAAGUCUAGAACAGACACUUCAGCUCAGAACCAAUGAACUGAAGCAGUUGAUCGCAGAGCAGAACCGGAAGCGAGAGGAGUCGAUGCAUGCACUGGACAUGAUUGCAAGGGAGAAAGAGCAUCAGGCAGAGUCUGAACGGAUGAAGCAGCAGGCUAAGAUUGGAGAGAGUUUUGAGGAUAUAAACAAGAGGGUUCUUAACAAGGAGAUCAAACUCCGUGAAGAGGUCCAAGACAAGCACGUGCAGCUGGAGAAGCUCCUACAGAAGGAACAGGCAGCAAGGAAUGAGUACGAACGAAGAUCCCGUGAAGAAGUUGAGGCUCAGUACCAGAACAUGAAAAAAAUGACGGACUCUGAAAUACAGGCACUCAGAGAUCUCAUCAAGGAGGGAAUAGAGAAUGACCGCAGCAAGGGCAAGGAGACUCUGUUGAAGCUGAACGAUGCCAUCACUCUGCUGGAGAAACAGAUGCAGGAGAACAAGAAGCAGGUGGACAAGAUACUGUCGGCAGAAAUCAAGUCAAGGAAGGAGAGGGAGAAGUCUGUUUUCCCAGUUCUCUGUGUUGAUGGUGUGUUGCUGUUGAAGGAGAGGAAGAAGUCUGUUGUCCCAGUUCCCUGUGUUGAUGGAAGGAGAGGAAGAAGUCUGUUUUCCCAGUUCUCUGUGUUGAUGGUGUGUUGCUGUUGUAGGGGAGUGACCACCCAACUCAAUGACCACACAGACAAGGUACGGAAAGAGGUGAAAGAUUUGUUGAGAGAACAAGAUCAAUCAUCAGCCCGUGCCAUGACAGAUAUGGAUGCUCGCUUGCAGAAUAUGAAUAGGAAAGUGUCUGGCAUUGAAGGUGAUGUCAAUACCAAGGUCAACAAGCUUGCAUUGCUAAGUAACCCAGAGAGACAGGAACUUGAUCAGGCUACCACAACUAUGGGUGAGAACCUACGAGAGAAGGUUGCCUCCAUCACACUAUGGCAGGACGUCACCAGUCAGACCAUCCGGGAACUGAAUGCCAGCCUCCAGGCUCUACCCAAUGAUAUUGAUGCUGUUGAGGAGAAGCAGCGCCUAAUGAAGUCCGACCUGACAACACGUCUCCAAAUGGAAACUGACCAUAGACUGCGUGACGUCGAUAAUCUCAAAGAUGAGAUCCAGCUUCUGAAGAACAGGAAGCCCACAACGAAGGGUGUCACAUCUGCUGAGCUGGAAACUGAUCAAGAGCGAAAGAUUCAGCAGAGUGUCCGCAAGUUGGCCGAGUCCAUCCAGACAGUGAAGACAGUGCUGGGCAUGAAGAUCCAGUCAGAACAGAAGUUGCGAGUGGAGGAGGUGAAGGAACUUCAAGAUGAAGUCUCUCAGCUCCGAGCCGAUGUCCAGCCCCUCCUGCGCAACCGGCCCCCAAAACAGUUUAUCAAGGGGGACGGUAAAGGAAACGACAGCGAUGUCAACAAAUGGGGGGUGCGCAAUGCCUAUAGAUGGCUCACAUGGAAGUCACGCAUCAUGUACCUGAAAUGGAGGAAGUCAUCGCGGCGCAAGCAGCCUAGUAGUGAAUCGCCCCCACCUAGAAGCAAGCCACCCACACCUAGAAGCAAGCCACCCACACCUAAAAGCAAGCCACAAACACCCAAGAGUCGUAAAUCUCCUGGUCCCAGCAAAAGCGACCAGGGAAACGAACCCACCUGGUAGAUAGGAAAACCAUGAAACAAGUUAAACUGUCUCUUAUUCUGAUCUCGGGGGUAGUCUGCCUUAAUUUCCUACCCGAAUCCAGAGAGAAGAAGAAAAAACUGAAGUCUAAACGUGUCAAAAUUGAAGAGUAGUGAUGCAUCCAAGCCAUGUCAUAUGUCUGCUGCACAAGCAGUAUAUAGAUGAUAACAUUCAUUUAAUUUAAACAUCUAAUUACUGAGUAUCAACUGACAUCUAAAUGAAAUUGUUCACUUUAUAUCAAGCUUUGUUGCUGCAGUGCUGCUGAUGCUGUUGCUGAUGAUGUGAUUUUAGCUCACCCAGUACAAGAUUCACAGAAUUAAGACCAUACCAGCUUUUUGGAGUCUCAAAUCUGUUUUACAGAAAAGGUUUAGUUGAAGUAUGUGGCCUUAUCUUGUUCUUGUAACAUGUUGUUGCCAUUGGCAAUUCCUGUAAGUCAGUAUGAUACUUGUGAGCUGCUGGUUGUAUCACUGGUAAGGAUGUUCUUGCCACUGGUUAAUUAUUUGAGUCAGUAUGAUACUUGUGAGCUGCUGGAUGCAUCACUGGUAAGGAUGUUCUUGCCAUUGGUUGGCCCUUUAAAUUAAUAUGAUUCUCGUGAGCUGCUGGAUGCAUAGCUGUGAUGAGGAUACAAGUACUCCGUCCACUUUUAUGAUUUAUUAUCAUGUUUACACAAUAUAUUUAUCAUGCAGAACUCCGUCCAUUGUUAUUUCCAAAUAUUAUUCAGGUGAUGUGUGCAUGAGUCGAUGCACUGUUUUACAAGGGAUACUACUGGUAUGAGACAUGGUGAUAUAUUGUCUCCCCUAUCAUUCACAGUGUAUAUUUAUGGUUCUUGUGUUAGGACUGAUGUUGGCAUAUCAUCUAAAACGUUCAAGAAAUUAAUAUUACCAAACUACUAUAAUAGUUUCACUGGAAUAAUAAAAUUCAUAGAAAGGUACAAUCAUCUAAACUCAACCACUGAAACAUCAUUUGUCAGAAUGUUUUUCACAAGAAAUAUGAAUUAAGUUUUUAUACAUGUUCUCCCCAAGUAGUAUCCCUUUUAACUUGAUGCCUUAUGACUGAGGAAGUUGCCUUUGUGCACAUCAACUUUACUGUGAUUCUAAAUCCUAUAAAUGUAUCACUAGUUUGAGUUUCCUUUAUGGAUAGGAACACAGAUUUCACCUUUUUACCCCAAACCUAAACAUUCAAUUCACUUCCAUCCUUGUUAAGGUAAUCACUGCAAUGUAGCAGUUAUAUUCAAUUAUUUGAUCAAAGUGUUUCAAGCUUCAUGUACUUCUUGUAACUUUCUAUUUCUCUUAAAAUAUUAUAUUUCCAAAAGUAUGUGAAACAUGACAAAAUUCCAACUCAUUGAUAAGUUUUCAGGUUUCUGCUAUGAGUAUUUAUUUCAACCGAUUCCGUAAGUGCAGGGUUUUUCAAGAUCUUCUAUCUACCAGGGUGUCAAAAUUGGCCAAUAGGAAAUUGCAAUAUAUUUAUAGAAGUUUAUAUCAAGAAAAGCAUUUGUUUAUUCUGGAAUAUAAAUGCCUAAAGUGAACCCUGAUAUGUAUAUUACUAACAAGUUGAAAUGUAUAGUGUAGCUUGUAUUAACAAGUCUCUUGAAAUGGUAAUGGAAAAUGUCAUGUUUUACUAAUCUGAAGUUCUAACAGAUGUUCACAUAUUGCAUUUUCAGUUUCUUGUUUACAGUUUGUCAAAGGAAACUGGAUUACAUGACAAUCAGAAAUAUGACUCAACAUGUAUCUGUCAUUAGUUUGUUGAAAAUCUCAAAAUGAACAGUAUAUUUUGUUAAGAUAUGAUUUGAGAAUUCUUAUUUAAUUGAUUGAUUUAACCUUUCCAGUCACUG